AUGGCUUCUGAGGACCUGGCGGUGCUUUGGGCCAAGGGCAAGGGGCUGUCUGCGAAAAGCCUUAUCUGUCAGAAGCAGAAGGUGAGAGAGCUGGACCAGGGCGAAGUCUUGCUUCGCGUGGAUAAAUUUGCCUUUAGCCACAUGGCGCUGGGCUACCUGAUGAAAGGCUUUACCCGGACCUUUGGCGCCUACCACAAUUUCUACAGAUGCCCUGAGGAGAAUUUGUACCGAUCCGCAUGCUGGGGCUUUGCCACUGUUAUGGAGUCAACGCACCCCAAGGUGGCAGUUGGUACGAGGCUCUAUGGCAUCAUGCCGCCAGCCAGGUUCCAGGUGCAGUCUGUCGGCGGCAUCAUUCCAGGAAAGAAAGACGAGCCUUCAUUGGUGGAGCUCACCAUGGAAGAAGUGCCCUUCAACCUGCGAAGAUUCCAGGAGAUGGAGGUCGUGUCAGACGGGCUGGAGCCCCAUUUGGAGGACUGGAUCAUUUCAACAAAGGAAAUUUACACCAUGGCAUAUUACAUGGACGAGCAGCUUUUGGUAGAUACUGGGAUGAUCAAUUGUGUGGUGAUCUCUUGCGCUUCUGCGAAAACAGCGCUAGCCCUUGCCUUUUGUCUGCGGAUGCGAGACAUGAGGUAUGUUUUCGGUUUGACCUCCAAGGAGCAUUUGGAUUUCUGUCGGUCCACCGAUCUCUACCAUGAGGUCUUCUCGUAUGAAGAUGUCGCAUCCCUGCCAAACAACCAUACCGUGGUGUACAUGGACUUCAAAUGCGACGGUGAGCUUAGACAGCAGAUCACCUUGAGGAUGGGCACAAACCUGAUGUACAACAUGGUUAUUGGACCAGCAGUCUUUCAGAAAAAGGCCAAGGACCAGCUCUUUGAGAAGCGAGCUCGGGAAGUUCUCUUCGACGAGUCCUCCUGGCGCGAGCGCCGCCGAAUGGUUGCUGAGGUGACCAAGACGGGCAGAAACGAAAAGCUCAAAUACUCCUACCAGUCAUUUAUCGAGCGCAUGAAGAAGUUUAUCACAGUCAAGCACAUCAGCAGUUUUGACGGCUUUGUUGCUAUGUACACCAGCCUGUACAGCAACGCUGCUUCACCUGCAGAUUUGCAUGUAUGCUCCUUCCAUGAGGAUGGAGCCGUUGAUGAGAUAUGGAAAGACUAG